AUGGACUCGUCGACAGACGACGAUGCCGCAUCUCAGACUACUGAAGACGAUCCCCAAAUUCCCGAACAGCAGCAACCGCCUGCUCCAGCACCGCCGCCACCUCAAGUCCAGCCAGUAUCAGGUCAAAACGGUUCAACGCAUGCCCCAGCUCGAGAGAGACCUCAUUAUGAGCUCAAACAUACCCUCGCUGGUCAUUCAAUGUCAAUAUCCUCGGUCAAAUUUAGUCCGGAUGGGAUGUUACUUGCGUCUUGUUCUGCAGACAAUAUUGUGAAGAUCUGGUCGCCAGCGACAGGAGAGCUCAUUCGUAACAUGACGGGUCAUACGAAAGGACUAUCGGAUAUUGCAUGGUCGCCCGAUUCUGUUUAUCUCGCCUCCGCUUCUGACGACACGACGGUACGGAUAUGGGAUGUGGACUCCGGUCUGUCGACGAAGACGUGCAAGGGUCAUACCAGUUUUGUGUUUUGUCUGAACUACAACACCGCGGGAACGCAACUUGUCUCUGGAGGGUGCGAUGGCGAUAUAAGAAUAUGGAAUCCCCAAAAAGGCAAAUGCUCAAGAACGAUGAACGCCCAUCUUGACUAUGUCACAGCAGUACACUUCAAUAGAGAUGGGACGUUGAUCGUUUCGUGCGCUCUGGACGGUCUCAUUCGGAUAUGGAACGUCGACUCUGGCCAGUGCCUUAAGACCUUAGCAGAGGGGCACAACGCUAUCUGUCAACAAGUUCAAUUCUCUCCGAACUCAAAAUAUAUCCUUUCGACGGCGCAUGACUCUGCUAUACGCCUGUGGGACUACCACACGUCUCGAUGUCUGAAGACAUACCAGGGCCACGAAAAUACGAAGUAUUGUAUCGCGGCUUGUUUUAGCGUGACGGGAGGGAAGUGGAUUGUUAGCGGGAGUGAGGACAAGAGAGUUUAUCUGUGGGACCUGCAGACAAAAGAGGUUGUUCAAGUGCUAGAGGGACAUGGCGACGUGGUCGUGGCGGUAGCGACCCAUCCUCAACAAAACAUGAUCGCGUCAGGUUCCAUAGACAGCGACCGUUCAAUACGGAUAUGGGUCGACCGAGGAGCCCACUAA